AAAAAAGCCCAGUGUCAGUUUCACUAUGGCGAGAGGAUAAACAAAGUGAAUCUAGACAGUACAUGUACAGUAGUGCAAGGAUCCACUGAAACGCUACUCGUUCGCCUUUCUUAGACGAGCGGAUUUUCUGCAUUACGUAGAACUCUGACUCUACUUUUACAGUGCUACAAAAUGAAAGGAUCGUCUGUUGAGAGGCACCAGAAUCGGACCGCCUUGCAAACAUUUAACAAAGUUUAAAACUAUCAACGCAAAGAUACGAAGGCGAAAAAAAAAGCAUUUAAACUUUAUUAUUUUUUAUUUUAUCGCUGAAGUUAAGCGGCCUGGCAUAUGUCCUAAAUAGAAGCGUUUGCCUUCUGAGAUGAAUUGUCAUAAUUCCGAAGCGAAUUUGUUUUAAGUGUUUGUUCAAAUCAGCGAUUCGACGAACACUAAAGAACUGCAAAAUGUUGACAGGAUCCAAGUCGUCUUUUAAAAUAAAACAGUUUGCCCCGGAAUUCAAGAUACCGGAAAAAGGAAUGAACUCCACCAAUAGAAAUGGACAAAGCAAAGAGCUGUAUGGAUUUCAGUGUCUACCAGGAGAGUUUGUUCUUCAAAGAGCACCUCUUGUAAAAAGGCAAGAUGCAGGAGGAACAAUGUUAAAAGGACAGCUUUUUUGUACAACAUUCAGAGUCGUCUUUGUACCAGAAAGAGACCAAAAAACUGAGGCUGACAGCUCCGAUCCAGUCUUCCUCAGGGACCAAGAUAUAGUUUUGGCCUCCAUUGAAAGAGUGGUAGCUGGAAAUCCUUUGAAAACAAAAAUUAUAACACCUAGCUCACAUCUAAAGUUUGUACCUGAAGAGUUAAUCAUUUAUUGCAAGGAUCUCAGAAUUAUUCACUUCCAGUUUGAAAGGAUGACAUCAGAUUUGCAGGCUAUUGAAAUAACACUUACAAUAGCAAGGACCUACCAACCAGUAAAGCCUGGAGCUCCUUACGCCUUUCAAAAAUCAAUUUUUGGAAAUUCAGAGAUGAAGCAAUUGCUAAGUAAUCGAGUGCCUGACUCAUUAAUGAACUGGUUUGAGGGAUCUCAGGAGUGGGAGAGAGAAUUGUUGCGUACUGGUGCCACUGGCUGGAGGGUGAGCUCAGUUAACGAUCGAUUUGAAAUGGCUCCCAGUCUUCAGAAGUUCAAUGUUGUGCCAAAACAGAUUCUGGAUAAUGACCUGAAAAAAACAUUUGCACAUUUUUCUGAUGGACGCAUCCCACGAUGGUGCUGGCACCACCCUGGGGGAUCAGAUCUACUUAGAAUGGCUACUUUCCAGAACAAUAUGUAUCAUGAGAAGGAUGACAUCCGGCACUUAGAAGCCUUGCUGUUUGGAUGUCAUCCUCAGUGUGUUAUUGUUGAUCUUGGGGACGAAUUGCCAACACCAAUGGAUAUCCAGGCAGCUCAUUCCCGGCUGCGAACCCUUUGUCUUGGAGAUAUUCCAGCAUUAGUAUCACCAUCAGAUGAGAAGUGGCUUUCAGCUCUCGAGAUGACCAAGUGGUUGGACCAUGUAAGGUCAUGUCUUAAAAAAUCAAUUGAAGUCUGUUGCCUUUUAUCAGAUGGACAUCUAACAGUAAUCCUGCAGGAAUCUGAAGACCGGGACCUCAGCUGUGUUGUGUCUAGUCUAGUCCAGCUCAUGUGUGACCCACAUUCCCGGACAUUGUCAGGCUUUCAGAGUCUGGUCCAGAAAGAAUGGGCGGUGGCUGGCCAUCGUUUUUUAAACAGAUUUAACUAUAGUGGGGACAAUGAGAAGGAGGAGUCUCCUGUGUUCCUACUUUUCCUUGACUGCGUGUGGCAGCUUCUCAAACAAUUCCCUUCAUACUUUGAAAUCACAGAAGACUACUUGGUAGCUGUGCAUGACAGCACCUACAUUCCCAUUUUCAACACCUUCCUAGCCAACUGUCAGCGUGAGAGAGCACGCAGAAUCCAGCAUACAUCACAAAGCUACACUCCUGUCAAUGGCUGGUAUGAUGUGGUGAAUAGACAGAUUGUUCUGAGCUCUGCUGGCUGCCCUCUGCCUUCAGUGUGGGACUGGGCCCUCCAGUGUAGCCCAAAGCGACGGGCACAGUUCUGCCAUCCUGGAUACACUUCUAAUCAUUGGAUAAACAGGUGCUCAGAUUUGCCCAGCUUUCAUAAGUCUGAUGCCAGCUCUUCAAGCCUUGGUCCCAUUAUGAUGUUUGCUAAAGGAUCUCUGACCACACCUUCACAAAUCCUACCUUGGAGAAGUACUACAUCUUACCGAUGGGGUCACCGUAAGACCUCCUCAAUUGAGAGUCUUCCAGGAUUGGACUGGGUUCUUAAAAGCUACAAGAAAUCUGAGACUCCAAAGAACAUCCAGGGACUGGAACAGAAUCCCCCAGUCACAUACCAGUGUGAAUCUUUUCAGGCCCUUGUGCCCCUGCUCUGUGGACCAUAUAUAUGCUUAUGGAGAAGUUGCUACCUGCGAGGAUCACAGGAGCUUCAGUGCUUUCUCCAUACAUCAUCUCAUCCCUGCUUAGAGCUAUUGGCUUCUGAAGUGGACCAGCUUCGUUGCAAACUGGAGAAAGCACUAAAGCAGCAACUCACUAGUACUGGUGCUGUCGAGAACUGCAACAACAGUAACAACAGUGAAACCUCAGUUGAGUGUAUAAAUGAAAAAAUCAUGAAGGAGAGAAGAAUCUGCACAGACUAUGCAAAUGAUCAUCAAAUAAUUUCAGGCACCUGUGACUUACAACAUGUAAAAAUUCCAGUUCACCAGGGAAAUAAUGCUCAGUUGUUCUCAUCUCAGAGGUGAAAGGCAGUCUUUGCCUUUUCAUUAACUUAUAAGGUCCAAUUAUAUUUUGUAUUUAUUUUUAAUGUUCACUUUCUCCUGUGCAUACAGAAUCCAGGAUAAUGAUACUGGGCUGGUACAGUAUGACAGCACUGCAUCACGAUUAUCUUUCUCUUGCUUCACCUCCAUGGUCAUUAUUUAACAAAUUUACAUUAGUACUUCACAGAAGCAUGACCGCUUCUUCUUGCACAUUCUUACUAUGAGAAGCGUAUUACUAUGAGAAGCGUAUUAAAAAAUGUCCAAAUCCCAAAUGCAAAGACAGAAUUGGUACAGGAUUCUUUUUUUAUAUUAUUCUAUAUUAUGAGCUUCUGGUAGAUAAUAUUUCCACCGUGUCUUUUGAACACAAUACUUUAUGCAAUUUAUGAUGGCUUUGUUGUAUAAUGCUUAUGGAAGGAAACUUAAAGUCACCAAUAAAAUGUAGAAAUUAUCCUACAUUUCAUAUUAUAUGCUCUCUCCUGAAUUUAAAAUAAUUGCAUAAUUUUACAUUUAAAACAUUUUAAACAGAAUUUCUAUAAUUUGGCUUUUCCUUUCAAACACAUUUCUAUGUGGUCUUGACUAGAUUAUAUAGAUAUUUUCAUGACUUGAAGGAUUUGCCACAAAAAUCAAUUAACAAAACAAUAGAUUUCUAAGAAUAAUCAAGUUCUGUUUAUACAAACAGGCACUAAACCUCAUUGUUUCAUGGUCUGAAAGUUGCACACAAUAAUGUUACAUCAGUAUUUUAAUCUAACGGACCCCUUCAAAUGAUAAAAAAACGAUUGGUUAAAGGAAACAGGUAAUACAAUGAGGCAUUUCUUCUCCCAAAAAUCGUGUUCUCACAAAUAAUGAGAUAGAGUAAGAAUGUGUUGCUUUGUUCAUAUUAUCAUCCUGUAUUUCUUACAAAACAAAUCUAUUUAUUUUAGUCCAGGAUCACCUUCAACUCUUGUUAUAUUGUUAAUCUGUUUGUCCAUCUAUUUUAAACCCACUUACCCUGGCCAAGGAUAUGACCUUUAUUUUCUAAAAUAGGAUAAAAUUAGUAAUUAAUCAAAAUAUUUCAUUACAGUGACCAAAUUUUAUAAUACAGAUUUUGUUACUGAGAUUUAAGUGAUUUUUAUACCUUUAUUUAUUAGAUAUUUUAUACUUUACAGUGAAAUAUGUUUGACUAAUGUAUAAAUUAUUAAUAAAAUGAAUUCACUGUAAUAGUGCUAACAAGUAUAGAAGUAGUGUACCUUAGUGGUGUAUUUGUGUAUGUUUACAUAGGCUGGCAUGUGUAAAUAAAGAUUUGUAUUUUUUAGAUAAACGUGAUGUAUGAUAACAGGGAUAAUUAGUAUUCGUCCUGCCUACAUGUUUUAUUGUAUAUUUGUGGUAAAUAAUUGAUUAUUCAUUACUGUAAAACUAAGUCUCUAUUGAACAAGCUUUCUUUUAAUGAUCUUUUUCUGCAUAUUUGAUAUUUUAGUUUUUCUAUUCUAAAAUGGAUUAGCACACAAAUUUACUGCCUUCCAGCUUUUAAACUAUUCAGACACUGUUUUAGUUCAUCAAUAGGUGUUUCAAAAAUAGUUUCUUCUUCCCUAUUCAGGCAUAUGUCUGACAUCAGUAAUGGGUAACAUGUAGCAAAAGCAAAAUCAGUUGCUAAAUUAUAAACAUGAUAUGCUCUGAACCUGAAAUGAACUUAUUUUAAUUUUGCACUAACCUAACAUUGCUUCAGAUAGAUAACUUCACUGGAAUAUAAAAGCUAUAAAAGUGGGUGUAAAAAUAUUAUUAACUUAAUAAUGUAAAUUAUUUGGUCAAAAAUACACUUUGAUAUUUUCUAACUGCCUUAAAGAAAAAAAUUGUUAACCACGUCAAAUGAAUGAAAUAUCUGUAUAUACGAAAAGAUAUGAAUAACCUUGUGUAAUGAAAAGGUACGGUUCUGGCCAUUUGUUUAUUGUAAUGCUGUAUGUCCUCUAAAGACCGCUAAACCUGUACGAGUAUUAACUGCACUUUGUCACCCAGAUCGCUCAAUAUGUUUCAGAGAGUAAUUCUAGAGAUUUGUAAAGACUCUUUAUCACACUGUAGUUUUUUAAAAUUCUUGUUCUGUUGGAUAUUAAAAUAGGUACAUCUUUUCUGUCAGAUGCAGUAACUUUUUAUAAAGGUACUUAUGCCAUGUUUAUUGUUUAUUCUUUUUAUUUCAUUUAGACUGAAGCUUGGAAGAAAAUCUCUUUUUUUCUGUAAAACCAAAACACAAAUGGAGAGCAUGGUGCUUCCAUGGAACUCCGUAAGACUGUCUGUCUGGAAUUCACGUGUUUCUCUCCAGGUCUGUGUAGGCGUCUCUGGAGACUCCAGUUUCUCCUGAGGUCCAAAACACAUUCACAUUAGGCUGACUCUAAAUUGGCCCUGCAUGAAUGAGGGUGUCUAUAGCACACGCAUCCACAGUAUUGUCCAGGGUUGGUUCCUGCCUUGUCACCAGUACUGCCGUGAUUGAUUCAGACUCCUGAGGAACAUGAAAUUAAAUGAGUGGAUUCAGAAAUUUGAGGAAUGGAAGUAUCAUGUAAAAUAUUGUUCAGGAGAGGUAGUGUUUAGAUAAAGGACUAUAUAUGUACGACCUUAAGCAACGUUUAUAUCUUAAUCUGCUUGUACACAAACUGUAACAGUAUAUGCCUUUUACAAUUCCUUAAUAUUGUUCAUAUCACGUUAAUCCAUUUGUCCUCAGAUAGUCAUUACCAAGCCACCCUACCUGCAAGUUUCCAUUCUGCUGCAUGAAACAGAUUUAUGUACAUGGAUAUCACUAUGGAGAAUCUUUUUUUUUUCUUUUUGAGUACUCUAACUUACACAUAUAGAGCAAGUUAAUAUUAUUGUUAAAUGGGUGUGUCUAGGGGGGAUCUCAGAAACUGUAGAACCCAUGAUUUACCACUAGUCAAUCACCUUGAGAUAAAAAAACACCAACUUCUUUGAGCAUUUGAGAUAUUGAAGGUGUAUUGUUAAUCAUUUUAAAAUGAAUCUUGAAAAUUGUAUUAAAGAAUAAAACAAAAACUCGCUUUACUCUUUUUGGAAUCUCCAGUCUUCCUCCUCACUGAAUACACUGUGUAACUUAAUGUAUACCUGGAGUGCAAGUGCUGGUUUUCAUUGCAGCCAAUUUCAUAAUCAAAUAUUGUAUUUCUUUAAAUAAACUUGCUGUCUUCUA